GAGAAAUGGGGCGCUCUCGGCCCGCUCCCCUCUGCCCGGGGGUUGGGCCGCGGCGGAGAGCGGGUGCGGGAGGGUCGCCGCCGCCCCGCGCGGGUCUAGAGGCCGUCGGGGAGGAUCCGGGCGGGUGCGUCUCGGACUGGCGGAGCUGGGAACCGGCUGCAGGUUGUUAGCAAAAGAUGGUGGAUCGUUUGGCAAACAGUGAAGCAAACACUAGACGUAUAAAUAUAGUGGAAAACUGUUUUGGAGCGGCUGGUCAACCCUUAACCAUUCCUGGAAGGGUUCUUAUUGGAGAAGGAGUAUUGACUAAACUGUGCAGAAAAAAGCCCAAAGCAAGGCAGUUUUUCUUAUUUAAUGAUAUUCUUGUAUAUGGCAAUAUUGUCAUCCAGAAGAAAAAAUAUAACAAACAACAUAUUAUUCCCCUGGAAAAUGUCACUAUUGAUUCUAUCAAAGAUGAGGGAGACUUAAGAAAUGGAUGGCUUAUCAAGACACCAACUAAAUCAUUUGCAGUUUAUGCUGCCACUGCCACUGAGAAAUCAGAAUGGAUGAAUCACAUAAAUAAAUGUGUUACUGAUUUACUCUCCAAAAGUGGGAAGACACCCAGUAAUGAACAUGCUGCUGUCUGGGUUCCUGACUCUGAAGCAACUGUAUGUAUGCGUUGUCAGAAAGCAAAAUUUACACCUGUUAAUCGUCGUCACCAUUGCCGCAAAUGUGGUUUUGUUGUCUGUGGGCCCUGCUCAGAAAAGAGAUUUCUUCUUCCCAGCCAGUCCUCCAAGCCUGUGAGAAUUUGUGACUUCUGCUAUGACUUGCUUUCUACUGGGGACAUGGCUGCCUGCCAGCCUAACAGAUCAGACUCUUACAGCCAAUCAUUGAAGCCUCCUUUAAAUGAUGUAUCCGACGAUGACGAUGAUGAUGAUAGCAGUGACUAAGGACACAUUUUGAAAUAUUUAAUUGGGUAUGACUGUCUGAGAAAUCUACUUUGAGGGAAAUGUAAAAUUCUGAGCUCUCUCUCAAUUUCGCUCUAGCCAUGAAUUUGCCUGAGAAAUUUUUAACCUAUGUGCCUCAAUAUAUUCUAUAGAAAGUAGGUCCUCCUGCCUCCUCCCACCCCCACUCUUCUACAGGGAUAGACUAUUGCAAAUAUAUCAGAUAAAUUUUUGUUUUCUUAUUCUUGUUUAUUUCUAGAUUAUUUUCUUGGAAGAUUGGGAUAAGAUGUUUAUUUAACAGAUUGUGUACUACAUUGUUGUUUUUGUUUGUUAUAUGGAAAAACUAAAAGCAAAGAAUGGUGAAAAAAGGAGUACAGUGUGGUUAAUUAAUAGUAUUAGCUUUUUUCCUAACCAUCUUAUCUUAUAGUUAAGACACCAGUAACAAAAAUACAUGAUUUGGGAAUACUUUGUUUGGCUUAUUCAUAUACCAGAUGGUGCCUUAUAAUAAUAGCACUGUUACAUGAAAUAAGCCCCUACCUUUUCACUUUCUUGUUUGUUCACAAAAUAUGUUGGUGCUCUUCAUGCUGAUAAAAUGAGUGUUUAUGAAUGGUUGUAAUUAAGAAAUACUUCUCAUGUGACAGCUACAAAUAACCAAAUUUAGAGAUAUCUUCAUUCUAUAAGAAUAAAUAUUUUUCCAUAAAACAAUUGUUUAUAUUUUUCACAUUUUAUAGGUACCAAAUUAUAAUUGUCGAAUAUAUAUAUUUUAAAUUAAUAAUAGGUUGCCGUUCUUAGGAAUUCAGUUUGAAAUUUAUCAGAUAAUUUUGAAAUGUCAUAUUGUAUUAGCUUCUAAUUUUAGUGAAAAUUUUUUAGAUAUAAAUUCACCUGCUUUAACAUUAUUUCUGCAGUGAAAAAUCUUCCUAUAAAACCCUUGAAAAUAAACAGUCUCUUAAAAAAAAAAAGAAUUCCAUGAUAGAACACAGGAUAGAUAUACUUAGGUUUGAAGAUUUGGAAGAAAUAAUGUGUAAGAAUGGUAAAGGUAGAAAAUGUCUUUAGACCCUUAAGUUUGACUAGAUUUCAGUUUGUGGAAGUUUUGUCUAUUUCAGUGUGAAACUGUCUUGAAUUUACAAAUAUAGUGUUAUAUUUUAUAAAGUUUUGUAAAGUCCCAAACAAUAUUUCUAUUUUUGUAAAACGAUAAUGUUUAAUCUGUUUCUGAAAUCUUUUUGUAAUCUAUGGAAAUAGAGUAGCAAUUGGUAUUUCUAAAUUGUGGAUUUUGUUGAAUCAGUUUAGAUUGCUUUUGAGGAGUGGUAAGUUUUCACUCUGCUUUUGAGACAGCCGUUAGGUUGAAAGUAUAUUUAUCACAGAAAACUUGAUGCAUUGUGCGCUACUCUCUCUGUUUGUAUGCUGCAAAAAACUCCAGUCUUUAAAGCACAAAAAAAUCAGUUCAAAAUUUUUAAAAUUCUUGAUUCUUUUUAAAAAAUCUUUAAUUCUGGAAAUAUUGCAAAUGUGAGUCUGACUCAGUAACUUGGGAUGAAGGAUUGAUUCUUUGGUGUCUUAUUGUUUGAUUAAGGCGCUAAUUUUACUUUACUGUUUAAUUUUGAAAGCGUUUGAGAUAUGCAGAUCUCCCUGUAGGAAGUGUGAAAGAAAGGCACAGCAGGGAUAGUUUUUAAUUGUUGGGUUUUUUUUUGUUAUUUGAAAAUAUCAGAUGGACUUUUGUUUCUAAGCAAUAUAUAUAUAUAAUCCAUCAACAUCUGAAAAGGACCAUGAAGCCUGAGAAGUGCUAAUAGAGACUUGCUGAUGCAUAGGAACCCAGCAAAUUCAGGAAUCAAGGGAAGUAUUCUGAGAUAACUUUGCAUUGUUGACCUCUAUUGACUCUGUUUUUACAAUAAAAAUAUUUUACAACUUA